AUGGCGACCAAUCAGGCAUUAGGAAGUGCUGGAGUUCCGCAACAACCAAGCGUCACGGAUGCUAUAAUACAGAUCCUGAACAACCAGCACGCGCUCAUGGCGCAGCUUUCACACAGCGUGGCGGAAACGCAGGUUGCCAUUUCAAAGCUGUCUCGCGAUGAAACCGUACUGGAUUCCCUGGCAAGCAACAUGGUGGAAUUCGCUGAUCUUUUCGAUAAGGAUGCCGACAAGCUGGACGACGCUGCUAAGGUACGACUCUUCCUACGCAAAUUGAGCCCACCGAACCACGAGCGCUACAAUAGCUUCAUUUUACCUAAACUCGCUCGUGAAUUCACCUUCACUGAAACGGUAGAAAAGCUAAAAUCUCUGUUCGGUGCGUCCACUUCCAUCUUUCGCCGGCGCUACAACUGUCUCCAGACAACCAAGGAGGAUAGUGAGGAUUAUCUCGCCUACUCAUGUAGGGUGAACAAAUCCUGCGUCGACUUCAAACUGUCAGAGGUCACCGAAGAGCAAUUCAAGUGCCCGACGUUUGUGUGUGGCCUCAAAUCAAAGCAGGACGCUGAGAUAAGGAUGCGGCUAAUUAACAAGCUAAACGAAGCUGCGGAUCUCACUCUUCAACAAGUGGUCGAGCAAUGUAAUAACCUGGUUAACCUCAAAAUGGAUACCGUUAUGGUGGAAAACCCGCCGACUGUGAAUUUCGUUCAUCGCAACCAGCAGCAGUCUAGGCAUCGAUCAACCAGCAGUACACCAUCGCAGCACAGAGAACAGAUUAACAGCGUUCCGAGCAAGCGCGACCCCACGAAACACAGGAAGAAAAGAAACCGUGAGCAGUCAACAAAAACGGUGACAGUGCGGAACAUCCAUCAAAGUCGGAAAUUCAUCGACGUGCAGCUCAAUGGUGUCCCUCUCCGGCUGCAACUGGAUACUGGGUCGGACAUAUCCAUCAUCUCGCACCAGUCUUGGGUCAAACUUGGUCGGCCAAGAACACAGCCAGCAUUGUGCCGAGCCAAAACAGCGUCUGGGGAGCCACGCGACAUCGUUUCCGAGCUGCAGUGUAGCAUAACCCUCAACAACAUCACCAGAGAGGGCAUUGAUUUGAUGGACCAGUUCGGUCUAUGGAAUCAACCGAUCACUGCAUUCUGCAACCAAGUUGCCAUUCAGCAGACUCAGGAUGUUUCCGAUCUCCGCGCCCGUUUUCCCGACGUGUUCACUACGAAAAUGUGCCUGUGUAACAAAACACCGAUACAAUUGGUGCUGAAGGACAACUUUAAACCGGUGCUUCGACCAAAACGACCGGUUGCCUACAGCAUGCAGAGUGUUGUGGAAGAAGAACUGCACCGGUUGGAAAGUCUUGGAAUCAUCAAAAAAGUUGACUUUUCCAACUGGGCGGCACCAAUAGUGGUCCUACGGAAGCCGAACGGAACAGUUCGCAUAUGCGCAGAUUACUCGACUGGGUUGAAUGCUGCGCUAGAGCCGAAUUGUUAUCCACUUCCCCUGCCUGAAGACAUCUUUACAAAAAUGGCCAACUGCAGGUACUUCAGCCACAUUGACCUGUCGGACGCCUACCUCCAGGCGCAGGUCGAUGAAGCAAGUCAACCGCUUCUUACAAUCAACACGCACAAAGGUCUCUACCAGUACUCUCGAUUGUCGCCUGGCAUAAAAUCAGCUCCGGGGGCAUUUCAGCAAAUAAUGGAUGCCAUGCUCGCCGGUCUAGAAUGCACCGCUGGUUAG